AUGGGUUCCUCUCAGCCGGAAGGCGGUGGUCAGCAAACUACCCACUGCCGACUCAUCGAGGAAAGGUACCUUGCAUUCCGAGAUGUCGAACCUGGAGGAUCCCCAGUCGAAGCGUUUCUCAACUUAUGGCCUCGACUAGAACCUCAUUAUGGAACCAUGGUGGAACAGUUGAAGAGCGCUUUGCAAGAGGCAUUGAACGUGCGCUGCACUAUCUCUGCGCGCGUGAAAUCCUUGAGUUCGAUCACAAAAUCGAUUGAACGCCGGCAAAGUCACAGGGGAGAGCGGUAUAAGGAAGUUGACGAGAUCUUUGAUGACCUUCAUGAUCUCGCUGGCUUUCGCAUUGUUGUUGAUUACCCCUCGGGUAUUCAAAUUGUCAAGGCCUUCAUCGCUCAAAACUUUCAACUGAAAUCUACAAAUGUCUUCAGAGUAGAUCGAGAGAUCAACGAUUCUUGGAAACCCACUUUUGGCUCUUUCCAAAGCGAAAAUCACCAUGUGUUUUUGCACUCAGAUGCCAAAUAUCCGCUGAGCCCGUUUUGUAAUAUCUUAUUCGAGAUACAGAUCUUGAGUCUGGCUGGAAGCUUGUACAACAGGCUAGCACACCCUCUACUCUAUAAGAAGUCUUCGGGCCAAUUGCCCGUCAAAGACCAAAAAAUGAUCGAUGUCACACAUGGGCUUUCGUUAUGUUACGGGAUAUGUCUGUCUUGUAUGGAAGACCGCCUUGAAGGGAAGAGAACGGAAGAGAUACCCAGUCCAGUCCAGGAAGUCGCCCAAUUAGAUGGGAACCAGAAUGCGGACAUGGAGUCGUUCGUGAAAGCUACGCCCUAUUCAAUGCCAGCAUCUGACCAAAGAAUUCCGAACGAGAAGUGCGUGGAGUUUGUGAAGGAUCUGCCAAUGCAUUCGAUGUCUUCGGGUCAACUUAAUAGUCGACUUUCUCUACUGCUGAAUGGUUCAACUCAGACAUCUACAACCAAUGUAAACUCUGGAUCCGGCCAUAUAAUGCAGAACUAUGGCUCCGGUACCAACAACGCAUAUAGUGCAGGAGGGGAUAUAACAAUUGCUAAGGAGGACAUCGAGGACGAGAUUCGAAACGCUUUCUGGGUGACCGAUCCCCAGUCCCACAAAGAAGAUAUCGAGGAACGAAAGACAAUGUCUGUUUGUGGCAUCAUCGACUACAUCAGUCUCUUGUCAGUUCGAGAAAGCAAAGAUGCUAACAUUAAUCUUUCAUACUUCUUCUGCGACGCAAGCGAUUCAAACCUCAAUAACGCCACUUCCGUCUUGCGUGGAAUCGUCUAUUCCAUCAUCUUUCAAAACAGUAUGGCCUUGUCCUAUGUUCGAAAACAUUUCAAGGAAAUUAGCAAGCCACUCGCGGAUCCAAGACUUGCAUGGCCUGUAUUGCAAAGAACCUUGAUUGGUAUUCUCAACGCAAACAAAUAUCAGAAGACAUACUUGAUUAUUGAUGGACUCGACGAAUGCAGGGAUGACCGAGACAAACUUCUAGAAUUUAUCGUCAAGCAUUCAUCAUUGCUACAAGUCAAAUGGCUUGUCUCAAGCCGCAAAUGGCCAGUCAUAAAAGAGGUCCUUGCGACUUGUCCUGCUUUGUUAGAGCUGUGCUUGGAGGACAACGAGACAAAUGUCUCUGCGGCAGUCAGCUUCUACAUAACGCAGCAAGUGGAAAGACUCUCUACCAUCAAACGGUACGACAUGAAAAAGAAAGAAGCCGUUGAACUUCACCUUCGUUCGAAAGCGAAUAGUACUUUCCUCUGGGUUUCUCUCGUCUGCCGAAUGCUCAAACAAAUUCCCGCGUGGCAGACAAUGAAGAGACUAGACACAUUUCCGGCCGGGCUUGAUGCACUAUACGGAAGAAUGUUGGAGCAGCUCCAGACUUCAUCUGAAGAGGAAGGAGAUCUGGGCUUUGAUGAGCUAUAUGCGCAACUAAUUUCCAUUGCUUUGAGUGUCUUCAGACCCCUUUCUAUAGAUGAGCUUUAUUCCCUUGUUGAUGAUGACGAUAUCACUGCCAAUGAAUUUGAGGAUAUCAUUGCCCUUUGCGGAUCGUUCUUGACAGUCCAACAUCGAGUCGUUUACUUCAUACAUGAUUCAGCGAAGGAUUUCCUACUCAAUGACGCAAGUGGUUUUGAAUUUUGUCCACGACAACAGCAUGCUAUGUUAUUUUCACAAUCACUCAGCAAUUUGACACGAUCACUCCACCGCGAUAUGUUGCAACUUGAAACUAAUCAUCCACUACCGUUACAAAAAGCUCUUGGGUCAUUUUCAUACCAAUGUAUUUACUGGAUUCAUCACUUGACAGAGUGUGAAAUUGCUACAUUGAACAAACAGCUGGUGGACGGGAGUCAAGUUGACAAUUUUCUACGCAAUAUGUUUCUUUUUUGGGUGGAAGGGCUCAGUCAUUUAACUUCUAUCGGGCUUGGAAUAAGUUCGAUCUUGAAACUGGAACAAAUGCUGCAUGACAACUCUUCCAACUUUAAACGCCUUGUGCAAGAUCAAUCACGAUAUAUUCGCUAUAUUAGUGUCUGGAUUGAGCAACGCCCUCUUCAGGUCUAUUCUUUGUUGAGAUUCAGCCCAAUCAACUGUAUAACUAGAAAACUCUAUGAGCCACAGGCGCCAGAUUGGUUUAGCUUGAAACAAGGCGUAGACGAGGACUGGAGCCUGUGCAUACUGACCAUGGAGGGUCACAAUGCACUAGUUCAGUCCAUUGAUUUUUCUGAAGAUGGGUGUUUACUAGAUUCAGGUGCCUUCGACAACAAGGUCAAGAUCUGGGAUGUGUUAACUGGCACGUGUUUACAUACACUCCAGGGACAUGAUGAUCGUGUCCUCAAAGUAGCUUUCUCUAGAAAGGACUACCAAUUAGCUUCAGGAUCUUCGGAUGAGACAAUCAAGAUUUGGGAUGCGAAAAAUGGUGCUUUAAUACGUACACUUGCCGACCAUAACAGCCCAGUUGAUGCUUUAGCCUACGGCAGGAAAGGCGGCGUCCUUGCUUCAGGGUCGUACGAUGGCAUUAUCAAGUUGUUCGACACACUAAGUGGUGUGUGCACACGAACAAUAGUCAUCAAUCACAAUCCUAAGAUCCUUUCGAUUGAUUUAACCCAUGAUGACCAGAUACUGUCAUGCCGAACUAGCUAUUCCCUGCUAAUAUGGGAUCUGAAGGCUCAGACUGAUCCCUACCGAAUUCAGUUGCAAGACUCCCAUUACGGGAAGCUUGUCUCGUCACAGACGGGUGAGCUCUUUCUCAUAGAUGGCAAUCAAAUUGAGAUCUUGAACCCAGCCACGAAAAUGCGUAUGCAGACAAUCAAAUAUCCCGCGCCUGAUACAUUCGUUUAUCCCUCGUAUGCGAGAUCAGCCAUACUCUCCAAGCAGGGAACACUUCUUGGAGUGACUGGAGACUCCACGGUCAAAUUCUUUGAUCCUUCAACACAAGAGUGGACGAGGCAAAUCGAAGAACAAUCACAAGACUGUUCAGUCUCGCCAACAAGUGAUAUUUUGGCACUAGCAUCUGAUUCAACGAUCAAACUCUGGGAUUUAUCAUUACUAUCUCUUUGGAAACAUUCGUCCCAAGAAUCCGAUUGCCCGUCAGUAUUCUCCAACGAUGGCUCAUUGAUUGCCACGAGGUCGAGAACAGAAAAUGGGCUGGUUAUCUGGAGAUCUUGUACUGGCGAAUCCAUUUUUACGUUCAGAGGUGACUGCAUUCCGACCUUCUCACCAGAUAGUCAAAUGCUGUUAUUGAGAGAUAAUGACCAUAGAAUCUACAUCAAACAUAUGUCCCAGGAGUCUGUAUAUGAGUGUAUUGACGCGGUUUCACGUCCUCAUGGUGUCAUUUUGGAAAUAUCAAUUUCGUAUGAUAAACGUUGGCUUGCAGUGUCAUUCCAAGACAGAUUUGUCUGUAUCUGGGACGUGGCUGCCAAGCAAUUCGGCUCCACGGUUGCAAAUUUAAAGAUCAACUCAGAGGAUGAAGACGCCAAAGAAACUGCGGACGAUGGUACAGCAUACGAUCCAAAUAUUGCGCUUUCUUUCUCCCACGACAGUGCAAAUCUCGCAGUAUACGAUGGGAAGUAUAUCAUGUUGUAUGAAAGCAGCACAUGGCGGUGCAAGUCGACAAUCUACAAUUAUGAUAGAAACAGCAACCUCUGGGAUCACUGCGUUGUAUUUUCUUCUGACGACAAAUUUCUUGCAACCACAGGGCUUGACUUUAUCAGGACCGAGACUAAACUGAACAUCUGGAAUUUGGAAACAAUGGUUUGCAUGAGAAUAACAGCCCCGGAGGAGGAAUUUUCGACUUUCGGUCUAGACACAUCAGCUGUUUGGCGAUUGGAGACUAGUUCGGGUAUCUACGAAAUCAUCGACCACGCCAUCCACCCAGUCCGACCGAAGUAUGAGAUAUCUGAAGACCUGCAUUGGAUAUGCAAAGGCACUGAACGGUUAUUAUGGCUCCCACCGGAGUUUCGACCGGAAGCUAAAUUCAAUGUCGAAAUCAAGUUCUGCAGGGAUUGCUUAAAGUUCAAAGUCGCAAUUGUAACUUCUGCUAAGCGCAUAGUUUUUCUUACACUACCGUAG